AUGUCCCACCCUACCUCAUCAGGUGGUUCAGUCUUGACCUUCCCCACCAUGGGGUUGGGUUCAGAGGUUGAAGCAGAAUGUAAGAAAGAGAUGAUGGAUGUCAAGUUCCAAGCAGAUACCAAGAUGGCCGAUUCGAAACGAGGGUUGGAGAUGCAGAAGGCUGCUUUCAAUCAAGAAGUCAACACGAAGAAAGCAGAGGCCCAGCUGGCCUACGAGCUGCAGGCUGCCAAGGAGCAGCAGAAGAUCCGUCUGGAGGAGAUAGAGAUUGAGGUGGUUCAGAGGAAGAAGCAGAUCACCAUUGAGGAGAAGGAGAUUGACCGCACGGAAAAGGAGCUCAUCGCCACGGUCAAGAGGCCGGCUGAAGCUGAGGCCUACAAGAUGCAGCAGCUGGCCGAGGGACAGAAAAUGAAGAAGGUGCUGACGGCCCAGGCGGAGGCAGAGAAGAUCCGUCGUAUCGGUGAGGCAGAGGCUGGUUCCAUAGAGGCUAUAGGGAAGGCUGAGGCUGAGAAGAUGAGGCUGAAGGCUGAGGCCUACCAGCAUUAUGGAGAGGCUGCCAAGACUGCUCUGGUCCUGGAGGCCCUGCCUAAGAUCGCUGCCAAGGUGGCGGCACCCCUGGCCCGGACCAAUGAGAUCGUCAUCCUGAGCGGGGACGGUGGCCGUGUGACCGGCGAGGUGAACCGCCUAUUGGCUGAGCUCCCUGUGUCCGUCAACGCACUCACAGGGGUGGACCUGAUGAAGAUCCCUUUGCUUCAAAAGAUGAUCAACCCUCAAGCAUGAAAACAAUCCUGUACACCUUAACUCAAUACAUUUCUUUAUGCACUCUUUAAAUCAACUGCCUUCACCUAGAAACUCUAGAAAACAAGUAGUUUCUUUUUUCUUUUCUUUUUUACUACAAAAGAGUCAAGCUGUUUUCAUUUUCCUAAACCCCUGGUGCCUUAGCUCUAUAGGGCCAGAUCAGCUGUAUGUACUACUGCUUUUUUGUUGUACUUUUUUUUUUUUUUAAGUACCGGUAGUUACCCCAUUCUGUUGUACUAACACUUGUCUACAUUGUAGAAAAGGGACAUUCAUCAUGAUUGUUCAGUGCAGGCCUUGUUCUGGUCUGAAAUGUUUGCCAGGUCUUCACCUUGUCUUCAUUGUUAUUAUUUUGUUUGUUGUGUUACAUAGUGCUUUGGAUGUGCCCAUGGUUUUGUAUAGUUACUGAAAGUAUUUCAGAUAUUUUGUCUCAAAUUGAACUUUUUUCAUUCUAAUGUGUAGUCUGUGCCUGUUUACGAUCCAAGUGGCCAAACCUCAGGAAAAGUAAUGGUUUGGCAAUUCUAUAGUGUAGUGAUACUAUGGUGAACCUCCAUCCACCAUCUCAAUGAGAGCUGUGGAAAUAUUGUCCUAUCCCAUCCUCAUGUCAUCUGCCUUGAGAGCAGAAACAUUGGCAUUCUAUCUUAUUCUUCACUAGAAUCUUUCAUUUCAUUCUUCAUCUUAGGAAUGGGAGAGGUGUGCAUUUUUAGGUAGACAAGACAUACAAGACAAAGAAAACAUAGACAUUAACACAUGUACAUGGAUCUACAAGUCUGUAUGAAGCCAUAUACUGUCAACGUUAGCCUUAAUAUAGAGACCCAGGAGUCCUGCUAGCUUUCCUGAUCAUCUGGAUUACCUCAAUCAAUCUAAGCUUUAAUACUUGUUCUUUCCAACUAUUGAGACAUCAUAUGACGUGAUAUGCAUUUCAGUCUCUUAGGUUAGCCAAUGUUGUGUUAUAUCAUCUUAUGGUUACAUUCUGUUAAGUUACAUAUUAGUUUAUAAAGGAUUUAUCUCUACAGUUUACCAGACUCUUUACUUUCAGGAUUGUACAGGGUGGUGCUUACUUUUUUUCUAGGAAUGCAAUGCUGCCACGACCUGUUGACCAUCCUAUAAUCUAUCCGUUUUCUCCACAUUCCUUACCCAAUGUGCUUUAAACACAAGAAUACAUUUCAGUUUGUUUCGCCACACAUUUGAGUUGGACUGUCUUGUUGUGGAGUUCAUUUUAGGUUGGCUUCAUUUUAUGAAAAUACAUUUUAGCGUUUUAGGGGAAAUCUAACCACUUUCUGAACCAGUGACCUCAAGCAUGGCAUAAUAUUUUCAAAUAUGGAAUUUUUUUUACAGUAACGUUAACCCACUGCCAACGGUGGUAUAUCUCUGGUCUGGGGGAGAAAUGUCAUUAUCUAAUUCCUACUGAUCACCAAAAUAAUACUUUAUUUGUUUUAUUAUAAUCUCCUCUUGUAAGAUUUACAUAGUAGACCAGACCGUAAAAUGUGAGUGAUAAACGGUGUGAUACAGUACUGUAAAUGUAGAAAGGAACCUGUAUUCUGUUUCAUGAAAUGGCUGGUUUGAAUUGUAUAAGGUCGGAAAUGUUGAAGUGUACUAUCUGGACAUACUGAUGUCUUUCCCUGGUCAAAUUGUGUUUUUGUUCAGCUGAAAAACACACAUUAUAUGUAAUUUUUUGGCACCUAAUUUGUGUGUCAACGCUCUUUCAAGAAUGUUGCAUGUAUUACUAUGAAUGAUGGUGUAAUUUCAGCAAGGUAGAAGCAGUUUUCAGAUCAGAAAAUCUACCUUUCGGAUCUAGAAUGUAGUUGGAAGACCAAACAUUGUAUGCCUUUAACAUGUAUCUUUAUCUAUAGAGUAUCUAUAAUGAAACAUUUUAAAUUGAUCACCCAUUAUUGAAAUGUAUCUAUUCAGACUCAAUAAAUGUGUUUGUGUGAA